AUGUCCGCCAUGUCAGUCAUGUACAAGGGCUUCGACGGUGCAGGGCUGGAUGGCACCAAGCCAGUGAGGAAGGCGCAGAUCAACGGCGAGGAUGGCGUCUAUGUGGGCAACCAGGGCUACGUUCCACGCCUCGUUCAGGUAGACGUGCCCUGGCAGCGCCCUCCUCCGUCCGGAGGGGUGCAGCGUUUGAGCCAGAAGGCGCCACGGAAAGGUCUGCUGAAGACCCUUGGGGAUGACUGCUACGCACCAUCCGGCAUCCAGCUGCGGCCCGAUGACUUGGUGGACACCCGGUUCAAGACGAUGCCCGCUGGACAGACUGGCAAGCCCAGCUCUGUCGACCGCUUCGCCGGCCACAGCCCCGCCGCAGUCUUCGACGGCUACUGCGACCCGGCCUCGCUUGCGCGCCCGUCAGAGGCUCGCAGCAGCAAGCCGUGA